AUGUUCUUGCAGAGCUUUCCUGACCACGACGUGCUGGGCCAGGCUUUCGAAGAUGCUCUAGAAGUGCUGCAGCAGCACUCUGACAGAGAAAUGCAGUGUCCACCAGGUUAUAAAAACUGCCUAACUGUGAUCAAUCACCACCACCACCUCCGAGCAAGUCCCAGUUACUGUCCAGCACCAUCUGUGGAGGAGCAAGGGUAUAGCUGGAGAAACAUGAUUAACAGUACAGCGGAUUUUUAUGCAGAUGAGACUGUCUACCAUACACUGCAGAAUGCUCCAGAAAGUCAAGCGAUGCAUGCUGCUCCUGGCCAGCCAAAAGCAGGGAAAGGUAGAAAAAAGCUUCGACUAUUUGAAUACCUCCAUGAGACUCUCUAUGAUCCAGCUAUGGCAAGCUGCAUCCAAUGGGUGGAUAAGCCAAAUGGUGUCUUCCAGUUUGUCUCCAAAAACAAGGAGAAACUUGCAGAACUGUGGGGAGAAAGAAAGGGAAACCGCAAGAUCAUGACUUACCAGAAAAUGGCCAGAGCACUGAGGAAUUAUGGAAGAACAGGUGAAAUCAUUAAGAUCCGUAGGAAGCUGACGUACCAGUUCAGUGCUGUUGUUUUAAAGAGACUUGCUCCAUCUUAUUUCUUGGGAAAAGAAACAAUUUAUCAUCCCUACAUUCAGUCUAAUCAAGAAUAUCAGUGUACAGAUGACUGGACCAGUUACAAUAAUUACAUGUACAACAAUGGUUAUGCAUUACAGCAUGCUAACAGCUAG